AUGGCCCUGACGGACGGUACGCGCCCGACGAAGGAAUCACUCGCUGUAAGGACCGCCUGGCCAUGGACCGCGCGAGGAACGUCUAGGGCGAGUGCCACCGGUUCGUCCCCGACCACCAUUACCUCCAUCGCCGGCACCUCACCGACGGUUGCUUCCCCUGCGGUCUUCCAUCCUGCGAGCUCGAGGACGCCCUCGGUCAGAACGACUGGGAACUUUCUACCGACGAGUUCCGCGAGCUCCUCCGUGGUCGAUCAACUGUCAUCGAUUGCCUCGACGGCGGCCGCUCAUGACGACGUGGACACCGAUGGUUCUUCAUCGUCGGCGUUCGAGUUGGGCGUCACGGAACACCUUCCAUCCGAUACCGCCGGUACGGUGCAUAACUUCACCCAGGCACUCUUCUCGAACUACACCGCGGACUAUGGUGGGGACGUGUUCAAUGGAACCGCGUUGGCGUCGGCCGGGCGAGGGUCCAGCGGAUCCGGCCUAUCACUCGGUUUGCCCGACCUUCUCGAGGAGGACGAGUUGAUGGCGCUCUGGAACUGUACCAACUGUUUCUUGCUCAAUUACGGUGGCGUCAAUAGCACGGGCAAGUACUACGGCAAUGGCACCGUGGACCCGCGGGACGUGCUGCCGACGGACGACGAUGACACCCUCGCCAAUGAGACGACAAUCUAUCUGAUACGUGUGAUCGCGACCGCCAUCGUGCUGGGCAUCGUCAUCCUGGCGACCGUUAUCGGCAACGUGUUCGUGAUAGCAGCCAUUCUUCUCGAGCGGAACCUGCAGAGCGUCGCGAACCACCUGAUCCUGUCGCUGGCCGUCGCGGAUCUGCUCGUUGCCUGCCUCGUGAUGCCACUCGGGGCCGUAUACGAGGUGUCGAAGGAGUGGCGCCUCGGAGCGGAUCUGUGCGACAUGUGGACUUCAAGCGAUGUCCUGUGCUGUACGGCAUCCAUCCUACAUCUCGUUGCCAUCGCGCUCGACCGAUAUUGGGCGGUGACGGAUAUCGACUACGCACACCAGCGAACUGCCCGCCGGAUCGGGUACAUGAUCAUCAUCAUCUGGACGCUGUCGGUGUUAGUUUCGAUAGCACCGCUGCUCGGCUGGAAGGAUCCCGAGUGGGAGACUCGCGUUUACCAGGACCUUCAGUGUAUCGUCUCGCAGGACGUGAGCUACCAGAUCUUCGCGACCGCGUCCAGCUUCUACGUGCCGCUGCUGGUCAUACUGUUCCUGUACUGGCGGAUAUUCCUGGCCGCUCGGAAACGGAUACGCCGGAGGCAGCAGGUAACUGCGACGCAGACGGCGAGCGGCGGCGGUAUGAUAGCGAACGUGGCGGGUGGCUCGGGCGGCAUCGCGGCGGCGGUCGUCGCCGUGAUCGGGCGGCCACUUCCAACGAUCAGCGAGACGACGACCGCCUUCACGAACGUCUCGUCCGCCAACACGAGCCCGGAGAAGGGCUCGCUUGGGAACGGCAUCGAGCGGGACCGGAUCGAGAUCGAUCCGCCGACGGCGGACAUCUCGAUGGCCUACCCGUCCGGCAACCAGGCGUCCUGCUCGUCGGCCCGCCCGCCCUCGUCGGGGCUCGCCUCGCGCAAGAAGGCACAGUCCUCGACCGAUUCGAAGCGCGAGCGGAAGGCCGCCAAAACGCUAGCCAUCAUAACCGGUGCGUUCGUGUGCUGCUGGCUGCCGUUCUUCAUCAUAGCGAUCCUGCUCCCGACCUGCACCAGCUGCGACAUCAGCCCGCUCAUCACGAGCGUCUGCCUGUGGCUCGGUUACUUCAACUCGACGCUCAACCCGAUCAUCUACACCAUCUUCAGCCCGGAGUUUCGGCACGCGUUCAAGCGCAUCCUUUGCGGGCGAAGGUACAGCUUGCGGCGCACGCGAAACCUCGGCGUUCGGCACAUGCGAUAG